GCCCUUCCCUGGCAGAUUUUCCCCCGGGCGCUGUCCUGUGCUGUUCUGCUGCUCCUGCUCGUGGCUGUGCUGAGCAGAGGCAGGAGGUGCAGCAUCGCCAAAAUCCUCCGGCAGUACCGUGCCGUCAUCUUCCAUGAGAUCCAGAACCUGAAAAACCUGACAGGGUCCGUGUACAGGAGCGGGAGGGCCGGGCCCGCUUGUCGAUCGGACAAGGACCWGAAGAUCCUGCUGACCAUCUACAACAUCAGCCUGUCCCUGCGGGAGGGGCCGGCCCUGCGGGGCCCCGAGGAGCUGGCGGUCUGGAGGGUGGCCAGGAACACCGACUUCGUGCUGCGGGAGAACUGCAGGAAAAUCACCAAGAGCCCACGGCGCAGCGCCCCGGCACAGCCCCGGCACGGGGCACCCGGCCGCAGGAGGAAGCAGCUGCGGGACAUCGGGAGGAAGGUGGAGCGGCUGGCGACCUGCUGGGAGAAGCUCAAUGCCCUGCACGCCCCUCGCCAARCCCCCUGGGACUCGUAGGGACGCCCUCGCCGCCCGCCGGGGGRGAUGUGCUGCUCCAGCGCCAGCGGYUCCUUUGGAAASCUGGGACAAASCCAGCCCUGAGGGCAGCGGGGCUGCUGCCAGCAGAUGCCCGAGCUGAACUCAUCCUCCUGCUUCAAGCGGUGCCCAGGGACCGGAUCCGCCACCCGUGGUUGGGGCUGGCAGGUCGGUUUGCUGUGGGAUGGCUGUGGCGGAAACCUGGAGCUCCAGAAACACUGGGAAGAAGAAUGGAAAGAACCGAAAAUAGAAAGUGAAGCGUGGAUUGUGCCUCACUCCUGGCCCUGCGGCACCGGCUGUGCUCUUGGGGACAACGGGUGUGUUUUGGGGCAGAAAAAACACAUGGAAAAAUGGUUCUGGGGGCUCUGCUGAGUGUGGGAUCACCCGCAGGGCUCKGAGGGUGUCUGGGCUGUGGACAGGGACAGGGGUCCCUGAGGCAYUGCUGGGACCUGCAGAGCAGCCGGGCACCCGCAGGGCACAGGGAAAUCAGGGUGCAUCACUUGGGAAGCCCAGGGAGUUCUGGUAUCCAAAAAUCCAAGGCAGGAGCGGGGGCUCGAGGCCAAGGCUCAGGAAUGUGGCAGGGCUGGAACUGCGGGUUCCCCAGCGGGGAGGCAAUGCUGGGGUGUGGGGUGAGGUGAAGGGCAUCCUCCUUUGUCUCUGUGCCCUGCCAGCACCCCGUCUGUGAUCUCCACUGCUCUGUAGGGCAGCAAACGGCCUCUGG